AUUUUCAUUGUCUGUGGGCCCGUGGCCAAUUUCUUUAGCCUAUACAACGCCCGACUUUUCCCUUACCUCUACCAUACUUCAACGUGUCUAACAUCUCUCUCUCCCUCUCCAUUUUUCAAGAGUUCUGCCUUGUAUAAGACUCAAAGGAUGAGAACAAAUGAGCUGAGCAACACCCACACUGGGCCUAAACCUCUCCAACACAAACAUUGAUUUUCCUUUUGUUUUGUUGUCCUCUGGUUUUCCUAGCCGUCAGUAAACGGGUAAGCGUGGGGAAAGAAGACAGUGGGGUGGCUGGGGAAAGAUAGAGAUUGCUUUGGCUAGUCUUCUUUUUUGGUAUUUUUUAAACUAUGGAACGGUAUGAGAUUUUGAAAGAAAUUGGGUCUGGGAAUUUUGGGGUAGCCAAGUUGGUUAAAGAUAUGUGGACCGGGGAACUCUUUGCUGUUAAGUUUAUUGAGAGAGGCCAGAAGAUUGAUGAACAUGUGCAAAGGGAAAUCAUGAACCACAGAUCAUUGAAGCAUCCUAAUAUUGUUAGAUUCAAAGAGAUUGUGCUAACACCAACACAUUUAGCGAUAGUAAUGGAGUAUGCUGCUGGAGGUGAACUCUUUGGGAGGAUAUGCAAUGCUGGUAGAUUUAGCGAGGAUGAGGCAAGGUUUUUCUUUCAGCAACUGAUAUCAGGGGUCAGCUACUGUCAUUCAAUGCAAAUCUGUCAUAGAGAUCUUAAACUUGAAAAUACACUCUUGGAUGGCAGCACAGCACCACGUGUUAAAAUAUGUGAUUUUGGGUACUCAAAGUCAUCUGUCUUCCAUUCACAACCAAAGUCUACCGUAGGGACGCCAGCUUACAUUGCACCUGAGGUCCUGUCUAAGAAAGAAUAUGAUGGAAAGAUUGCAGAUGUUUGGUCCUGUGGUGUCACUUUAUAUGUGAUGCUAGUUGGGGCUUAUCCAUUUGAAGAUCCUGAUGACCCGAAAAACUUCAGAAAAACAAUUGUGCGGAUACUUAGCGUCCACUACUCAAUUCCCGAUUAUGUUCGAGUUUCAAUGGAAUGUAGACAUCUUCUAUCUAGGAUAUUUGUAGCUAACCCCGAAAAGAGAAUAACAAUCCCAGAAAUUACAAACCACCCGUGGUUCUUGAAGAACUUGCCUAUAGAACUGAUGGAAGGUGGAAGCUGGCAGAGCAAUGAUGUAAAUAACCCAUCACAGAGCAUCGAGGAAGUAUCGUCCAUUAUUCAAGAGGCAAAAAAACCUGUCGAGGUCCCCAAGGUUAGUGCGCAUAUCCUUGGAGGCAGCAUGGAUCUCGAUGACUUGGAUGAUGAUGCAGAUCUUGAAGAUAUAGAAAUAAGUGGCGAUUUCGUGUGCCCACUAUGAGUGGAAGUGUAUAAUCUUUCCAGCAGUUGGACAGGACAGAGAGAAGGCCCUGCUUGUGUCACUUGUAGUACUUACUUUUCAUAGUUUUCUCAUAAAAGAUCUAUUAUAUAUGUUUUGCUACUUGGACUUUGAAAGGUCCUCCCUCCUUGCUUUAGCCUUUAUGGGGAGGAAGUCUAGUAAGAAUGAGACUCUUUGUGAAAAGUCUUGUAUAUAAUAGCAGACGUGUCCAUUGACGUGUGUGCCACCUUGUGGGCAUGAUUCAGACAACUCCAUACCUGCUUUCAGAGUUUUGUUAUCAAGAUGUUGAGAAUGACUUUCAAAUGCAAGAGACAGGACUUUUUUUGUACU